UAGCACAAAUGCAGCUGUUGUGUGUGCAUAUAUGUGUGUGAGUGUGUGUGCAUGGACCUUUCUGGAUGUGCUGUGCUCACACAACUUCUGAAAAGUGGCCCUCCUGUCUACCUCUGACCUAGGAAGCAGAGCAGGAUGACUCUUCAGUGGACGGCAGUGGCCUUCUUUCUCUAUGCAGAGAUAGCCAUCAAUCUCAUUUUGUGUGUCCCAUUCAUAUCAGCACAGAGAUGGCGCUUGGUUUUCAGUUGGAAAAUAUGGACGUGGUUAUCCCCUUACUGGAACAAGUGUUUCUUCACCAUGAUCAUGGUUCUCAUUGUUCUUUUCCUCGAUGCAGCUCGUGAGGUGCACAAGUACUCAAGCCCUGAAUCCAUACAAGAGGUGAAUGUGAACUCCAAUCUCUUCGACCACCUUCACAUGAAGCUCUUCAGAGCUCAGAGGAACCUCUACAUCUCGGGCUUCUCGCUCUUCCUGUGGCUUGUCAUGCGGCGGUUUAUCAUCGUGCUCAAACAGGUGGCUGUCGCGACAGAGAAUAAUGCAGCUCUUCAAGCGCAGAUGGAGAACGCUGCCAAAGCCGCCAACCAACAUCAAGAGGACAACCGUGCACUCAAACAAACUCUCUUAGGUGAGGAAAAAGUCAUUUCAGAAAAGAAUCAUCAGUUGAAGCUUGAAGUCGAGAGCCUGUCCAAUCAGCUGAAGAUGGCACAAGAGGCUGUUCACAAAUCCCAUGCUGAAGUGGAGACCAUGAAAAGUCAGACCAAAGGUCUGGCCAAGGAGUACGAUCGACUGCUGAGCGAGCAUCAUCAGCUCCAGAGUGCUGCAGACAAAAAGAUCCAUUGA